AGCGUUUGGGCUUCGGCCAAGUUUUGGGACGCCCCAACGAUGAUGCACCUACGCUCACGUUGGAGCCCAAAGGCCUUUGGCACAUGGUGGAGAAACCUGAACACCGGAGUUCUGAAGGAAGCAGACCAUGAGAAGCGCGUGAGUAUGGUCCCUGCGGUAGCGGAAAAGCUCAUCGCCAAGGGCUACAAGAUCGCCGUGGAGUCCGGCGCUGGGCUCAAAAGCGGCAUUCCCGACAGCGCCUACCAGGCGGUGGGCUGCAGCGUGGUGAACCGCAACCAGGUGAAGGAGAGCGAACUCCUUUUUGCCAUCAAUCCGCCGCCCGCGGAAGAACUCAAGAGCAUGACAGGCAAGACCUUGGUAGCCUGGAUCGGUCGUCGGCUGCCUGAGGGCGAGGCCUUUGUCAAAGCGGGCCAGGAGGCCAAAGUCACCUUGAUCGACACCACCGCGGUGCCCCGCAUCACGAUCGCGCAGAAGAUGGACGUGCUGUCCUCACAGGCCAAGUGCGCUGGGCAUCGCGCCGUGUUAGAAGGCGCCUAUGCCUUCGAGCGAUUCUACCAAGGUGAGAUCACCGCGGCCGGCAAGUAUCCGCCCUGCCACACCAUGGUCUUGGGCAUCGGUGUCGCCGGUCUGGCGGCCAUGGGCACCUCCAGCGCUCUGGGGAGCGUGGUGCGUGCCUGGGAUGUUCGAGACGUCAGUGACCAGGUGAAGUCGAUGGGCGGCAAAUGGAUUACUGUGGACUUCAAGGAGGAUGGCGCUGGUGCCGGCGGUUAUGCCAAGGAGUCCUCCAAGGAAUUUCAAGAGGCUCAGAAGGCGACCUUCCACAAGCACGCGAAAGAGGUGGACAUCAUCAUCAGCACCGCCGCCAUCCCUGGGAGGAAGUCACCGGUGCUCAUCGAGGACUACAUGGUGAAAGACAUGAAAUCUGGCAGCGUCAUCGUCGACCUGGCUGCAGCAGGUGGUGGCAAUUGCACCUUGACCAAGGCCGGGGAAUCCUACGUCACAGACAAUGGUGUGACGAUCAUUGGCUACACCGAUCUCGCUGGACGCAUGGGGAUGCAAGCCUCCGCCAUGUAUGCCACCAAUAUGAUGCACAUGGUGAACCACGUCACGGGCAAGGAAGGUGCAGAGGCCUUCAUGCCCAACGUGAACAAAGCCUUGGGCAGCGAUGAGGGCGACAUCGUGGUGAAGUCCAUGGUGUGCUGCAAGGAUGGAGAGGCCAUCGUCGCGCCUCCGCCCCCGGAACCCACGCCAGUGAAGAAGAAGGAGCCCAAGGCCGAAAAAGCCGCCGCUGUGAUCGACCCCGCACAGGAGGCCAGGCAGACCAGCGCAGCAGUGGCAGGCACCUCCGCCCUGGCCAUUGGUGCCAGCUUGGGUGGUGAUCCAGGUUUCAUCGCUUUGUUAAACACCUUCGGCUUGGCGGGUGCUGCGGGAUACCAGGCAGUGUGGGGCGUGACCCACGCGCUGCACACCCCACUGAUGGCGGUCACCAACGCCAUCAGUGGUCUCACUGCAGCGGGCGGUUUGAUGCUCAUGGGCACGGGUGGAGGAGCUAUGGCCCAAGGACUUGCUCAGGCGUCCGUGGCCAUCAGCGCGGUGAACAUCGCUGGCGGCUUUUUGGUGACCAAGCGGAUGCUUGACCUAUUCCGGAAGCCAGGGCAGGAGGAUUUCACCAGCAUCUAUCUUCUGCCCGCUGCGGGUCUUGCGGUGGUGCCCUUCGUGCUGCCAGCGGGAGCGCCCACUGUGGGGACCCUCUCAGGCCUCAUGUGCAUUGGAGCCAUUGGUGGCCUCUCGUCCCAGAAGACAGCGCAGUUCGGCUUGGCCCUGGGCGUGACUGGCGUGACAGGUGCGAUGUCCAUGACCUUGGCCGCCUUACCGGCUGGGCAGUUAGCGCCGGCCUUGGGCCUCGUCGCAGCCGGCGGUGCCGCUGGUUUCGGCCUGGGCAAGGCCGUGAACCCCAUGGCCUUGCCACAGACGGUGGCAGGCUUCCAUGCCUUGGUCGGUGCCGCCGCCGUGGCCACCUGUUUGGGCAGCCACAUGAUCCACCCGGACGCUAGCGUAGGACACAAGGUCGGGGCGAUGCUGGGAAACGCCAUCGGAGGGAUCACCUUCACUGGCAGCUUGGUGGCCUUCGGCAAAUUGAAUGGGAACAUGAGUUCCAAGCCCUUCAACCUGCCCAACAAGAAUUUGCUGAACCUUGGCAUGGCUGCAUCCCAGAUGGGAAUGCUGGGCCUCUAUUGCGCGACCAGCUCACCUGGCCUCGGCACAGCCUUAAUGUACGGCACGACGGCACUCUCCAGCACGAUGGGCGUUCAUUUGGUGGGCAGCGUGGGCGGUGGCGACAUGCCCUGCUGCAUCACCGUACUGAACUCGUACAGCGGUUGGGCCUUAGUGGCCGAAGGCAUGUUGCUGGGAAGUCCCACCUUGACCGUGGUGGGCUCUUUGAUCGGCUUUAGCGGUGCCAUUCUCACCAAGAUCAUGUGUGAUGCCAUGAACCGCGACAUCAUGAACGUGAUCUUCGGUGGGAUGAGCGUUGCCCCGCCCAAGAAGGGUGGUGCAGUGGAGGAGGUCAAGGAGCACAGGGAGACCAAACCAGAGCAGGUGGCGGAUCUUUUGUUGGACUCGAAAGAGGUGAUGAUUGUGCCUGGCUACGGCAUGGCCGUCUCACAGGCUCAGAGGGCCGUGGCCGACAUUGCCAACUUCCUGAAGGAGAAGGGCAUCAAUACGCGUUUCUCAAUCCAUCCAGUUGCAGGGCGAAUGCCGGGGCAGAUGAACGUGCUCCUGGCAGAGGCUGGCGUGCCCUACGAUUGGGUUUAUGAGAUGGACGAAGUCCAAGAUGAAAUGCCUUCGGUGGACACCUGCCUCGUGGUCGGUGCAAACGACAUUACCAACGAGGCCGCAGAGACGGAUGAGGAGUGCUCCAUCUACGGCAUGCCUGUGAUUAAGGUUUGGGAGGCGAAGAAUUGCAUCUACCUCAAGCGAUCGAUGGCGGGAGGCUACGCCGACCUGGAGAAUCCAGUCUUCUUCCGCGAGACGACUCAGAUGUUGCUAGGCGAUGGCAAGUCGAGCUGCGAGGGCAUCGCGGCGGCCUUGAAGGCCAAGAGUUGAGGCAGCUCUGCCAGUGAAUCCUGAAAUCUGUCCGGAGGUGUUCUAGUCUUAGGUCCAUUGCAGAACCACCCAGUCAUCGAUUGGGGUUUCAG